UGUUAAAUAAAUAACCUAAAAUCCUUGUUAAAAUUGUUUAAAAUCUUAUUUUCUAAAAUUAAUUGUAAUUUAAUAUUUAUUACAAUUGAAAAAUUUGUUAGUUAUAAUGGAUCAGUUGAGUAAGCAAUUAGCUGAAGAUUUUUUUCUUCGAGAACCAGCGGAUCCACGAAUACGAAAACGAAAGGAAAAGACGGAAGAUGAUCCCCACCCAACUCUCAAAGUGGAAAUGCAGAUGAUUCGCCUCAGUUCUGAUUCACAAAAACAAGUGUUAGAUACAUUGAGGUUUAUCCAUGGAUCUGAUUUUAAGUUAGGAAGUGCUAGCAAUUACAAGGAUAAAGGUUCUAACCUUGGCAAUAAAUAUUGGAUGGAAAGAGGCAACUUAGUGGUUCAGGGUGGCUUUGAUUACUCAUUAACAGUGAAGGAUGAAGUGAAAGCACCAGAAGUAAGGCUUAGAGAGUUUGCAUUGGCUAAACUAGAAAGAUACAAUUUUCACAAAGCACAUUGUUCGGAAGCUUUGCAUAUGGCAAAAGAAAACACUGACACAGCAUUAGAAAUAUUAUUUAGCAAAUAUUUUGAUGCCAACUUUGAAGAAAAACCAGAUAAUGUGCCGACCCCAGCUGAAUUACUUGAAAUGAGAAAUGACGAAAAAGCAGUCCUCGAUUCUAUUUAUGAUAAUAUUUUUAGAGUAAAAGAUAGCAAUGUAUGGAGUUUUAAAUUACAUUUAGAUUACUUAUCAAAGGUGUAUGAAAAGACUACUGUUAGCAUACCUAAGAAAAAGGAAAACACUAAUUUUAAAACUAAAAAGAAAGAGGUGUGCAAACUAUUUUUAGCUGGACCGUGCAGGUUUGGUAAUAAAUGUAAAUUCCUACAUGAAACAAAAGAAGAAACAUUAUCCAUUGUACCCACGGUUGAAAGAAUUUGUUACGAAUUAGAAAUUAGAUUUCCAAAAGAUAGUGUAUACCCGUACCAACCUCCGUUACUCUUUUUCAAACUUGAAACAAGAAGUAAAUUGAUUCCUGAAAGAACAUGCCUCUUAAUAACGUCAAGGCUUUAUGAUGAAGCAAAGACGUUAGCUCAAGAUGGAAUACCGUGUAUAUAUUCUUUAGUUGAAUUAUUAAAUAAUGAAGAGGAAAUAUUAAAUCAUAUACAAUUUAGUACGAAAGAAUUUCCAAGCGCAACGGAUACAUUGAUACCACAAACAGAAAGUAUCGACGAUAGUAUAAAACCAACACAUUACAAUGUUAAUAAAAAUAAACAAAAUAGACCAAGUAUAAAUAUGGAGAGUAUGUUAAAAGAGAAUAAAGAAAUAGCUCGGAGAUAUUGGGAAAAAACUGAAAACAAUAGGUAUAAUAAAAUGAUGUCUGUGAGACGAAACUUGCCGGCUUGGCAGAAGAGACACGAAAUUAUGGAUGCUUUAAAAAAAUCUCAGGUAAUAGUAAUAAGCGGUGAGACAGGUUGUGGCAAAAGCACGCAAGUACCACAGUACAUACUCGACGACUGGCUCGAGAACUUCAAGCAGGAUCCCAAGCAUGUGGAGAUUGUGUGCACUCAGCCGAGACGGAUUUCGGCUAUAGGUGUAGCGGAUAGGGUAGCAGAGGAAAGGGUGGAGAAAACUGGACAGGUUGUUGGUUAUCAGAUAAGGCUAGAAAACAAAAUGUCGUCCAAAACACGUCUAUCGUUCUGCACCACGGGUAUACUAUUACGUCGAUUAGAAUACGACCCGCAGCUAACUUCAGUCACUCACAUAAUAGUGGAUGAAGUUCACGAAAGGUCAGAAGAGAGCGACUUCCUCUUGCUUAUACUGAGGGACCUUAUCAAAGUGAGGAAAGACCUGAGGGUCAUAUUGAUGAGUGCAACGCUGAAUGCUGAUUUGUUCUCCGCUUACUUUGAAAAGGUUCCAGUUUUGGAGAUUCCAGGUAGAACAUUCCCGGUAGAGCAAAUAUAUUUAGAAGAUAUAAUGGACCGAACUAAUUACGUUUUAGAAGAAAAUGGACCGUAUGCAAGAAAGAUUAAAAAAGAUAAAGACAAAAAAAUAGACUUAGAAACAGAGAUAGAAACGUCAGAUGUACGUUCAGAAGCCGCUGAGCCGCCCAAAGACUCGAUACGAGAUGAAAACCUCACAAUAUCGCAAAUGUUAGCAAGAUAUCCAAAAAGCAGUAAAGUCACUUGCAAGAAUAUGUAUUUGAUGGAUGUGGAAAAGAUAAACCUGGAACUAAUCGAGCAUGUGUUAACAUACAUAGUCGCUGGAGACCACAGCUGGCCGCGAGAGGGCGCCAUCUUGGUUUUCUUGCCCGGUAUUGGUGAAAUCAUGUCGCUAUACGAUCAACUCGUUGAGAGUCACACUUUUAGUCCAAAGUCAGGAAAAUACAAAAUAAUACCGCUACACUCGACAUUAUCAAGCGAAGAACAGUCCCUAGUGUUCAAGAACCCGGGACAGGGUGUUCGUAAGGUUGUGCUCUCAACUAACAUUGCUGAGACAUCAGUCACUAUAGAUGACUGUGUGUUUGUUAUUGAUUGCGGUCGAAUGAAGGAGAAAAGAUUCGAAUCGAACCGCAACAUGGAGUCCCUCGAACUGGUGUGGGUGUCCCGUGCGAACGCGUCCCAGCGGCGCGGGCGAGCGGGGCGUGUACGGGCCGGCGUGUGCGUACAUCUGUACACGUCGCACCGCGCCGUACAUCUCGCCGCGCAGCCCGUGCCCGAGAUGCACCGCGUGCCGCUCGAGCAGCUGCUGCUCAAGCUGAAGAUCCUGCCGCUGUUCCGCGGGAUGCGCGUGCACGAGGUGCUCGCGAAAACCAUAGAGCCGCCAGAGACAUCGAACAUAGAUGGAGCUCUAUCUCGUCUCCAAGAUGUCGGCGCGUUAGACAAGGGCUUCAACCUGACUGCGCUUGGAAAGCAUUUGGCGUCACUUCCAGUGGACGUUAGGAUUGGGAAACUGAUGCUGUUUGGCGCCAUUUUCUGUUGUGUGGACUCUGCGUUGACUAUGGCCGCGUUCUUGAGUCAUAAGAGCCCGUUCGUCGCGCCGUUUGGUAAAAAGACGGAAGCAGAUGCUAAGCGACGAGAAUUUGCAUGCUCUAACAGCGAUCAACUAACUACACUGAGAGCAUACAAAAAAUGGCAGCUAGCCAUGAAGUCAAGUACGCACGCGGCGUUAGUGUUCGCAAAUGAACACUUUCUUUCGCACAAAACACUAUUAAUGUUGGCUGAUAUUAAACACCAGUUGCUUGGUUUAUUGGCUUCGAUAGGAUUUGUACCAGACAUGCCCGCUCUGAGGAAGAAAAUGUGGAAGGACUCGGUUGCAAGGCUUACUGGAGAUGAGUUAAAUUCGAACGGAGAUAAUGAUAAACUUCUCGCUACUAUUUUAUGCGCUGCGUUAUAUCCUAAUGUAGUAAAGGUAUUAACACCCGAAAAAUCGUUCCACAUGCAAGCCGGUGGUGCUAUACCACGGCAAGCUACAGCAGAUGAACUAAAAUUCAAAACUAAAUCUGACGGAUACGUGUCUCUGCACCCGUCUUCGGUCAACUUUACUGUAGGACACUAUAACAGUCCAUACUUGGUGUAUCAAGAGAAAGUGAAGACCAGCAAAGUGUUCAUUCGAGAGUGUUCUAUGGUGCCUCAAGUGCCGUUAGUGCUGUUUUCUGGAUGCAGUCUGGCCGUGGAACUUCACAACGGUACAUUUAUAGUGUCGCUUGAAGAUGGCUGGAUCAUGUUUCAAGUGGAAAAUCAUGAGGUUGCAGAAAUGUUAAAAGCAAUAAGGGUUGAACUGGUCAAUCUUUUGGAAGAGAAAAUCAACGAUCCUUCAUUGAACCUCCUACAUUAUGAAAAGGGUAAUAGGAUAAUAAAAACGAUAGUCCAAAUUGUUACUAAGGAUUAGUAGGAAAUUUAUAUACUAAUAGUGCCUUUUAGUAUUUCUAAGGUGUGUCUUGUAUUAAUAUGAGAUGAUUUUUGAGCGUUUGGCCUGUCCACUCUUUUAAAAUGUAUA